AUGUCUGAAGUUAAUUAACCUUUACUCAAUUAAGAUCGUGGUUAGAUAUCUUCUUCCCAUAGAUAUCCCAUUAAAAAGGAGGAAUUAAGCGAUUUUUUCUAAUUUGAUAACAUUAGAGAUGGGUCAUCACUUUAAAAGAUUGAAAAGCUUGGAUCAAUUAAUGGUCUUAGUUAAGCUUUAAAAACUGACUUAAAACAAGGUAUAGCUAAUGAAUCUAUUGUAGAAAGAAUCUAAACCUAUGGAGCAAACGAAAGAAUUGAAAAGCAGCCAAAAACAUUUUUCGAGUUAGUAGUUGAGUGCUUAGAAGAUGAUACUUUAAGACUCUUAUGCGGAGCUUCCUUUGUAUCCUUAGUGAUUGGCUGCAUCAGGGAAGGCUUAGCUGAAGGAUGGAUUGAUGGUAUAGGCAUAUUUAUAGCUGUGUUUAUUAUUGUUACAAUUACAUCAGUAAACAAUUACAUGAAAGAAUAGUAAUUUAGGAGAUUAAAUUAAAUUGUUGCGUAAAGGAGCGUGGCUGUUAUCAGAAAUGGAGAGAUUUCCCAUAUAUCUAUAUAUUCUCUGCUGGUAGGUGAUAUAAUGCUCUUUGAAACAGGAGAAGUGUUUCCUGUUGAUGGAAUUCUCGUAAAAAGCAAUAAUUUAGUAUGUGAUGAAUCAAGCAUCACAGGAGAAUCAGAUCCAAUCAAAAAGUAUCCCAUAGGAAUAUAAGAUUGCAAUCCUGCUCCUUUCCUCAUUUCUGGAUCAUAAGUAACAGAAGGUAGUGGAGAAAUGAUAGUCCUUGCAGUCGGAUAGUCGAGUACAAUUGGCAAGCAAUAAGCUUUGAUGAAUGAAGAGGAAGAAGAAGAAAAGAGGACACCAUUGCAAUAUAAAUUAGAUGUUUUUGUAGAAUAAUUAGGUAGUAUUGGUUUUAAAUGGGCUAUUCUAACUUUCUUUGUAAUGUUUGCUAAUUUGAUGUACACCAUUUAUUCUAGCAACGACCCAAAUGUUAAACUAUUCUCUCUUGAUACUGUGUCAGAAAUAUUAGACUAUUUUAUUGUUGGUAUUACAGUUGUCGUUAUAGCUGUCCCUGAAGGCCUACCAUUAGCAGUUACUUUAUCACUUGCUUAUGCUGUUAGCAGAAUGAUGGUAGAAAAUAAUUUAGUAAGAAAUCUCAUUUCUUGUGAAAUUAUGGGAGGAGCUGAUACCAUUUGUAGUGAUAAAACAGGAACUUUAACAGAAAAUUAAAUGAAAGUCAAAAAACUGUAUGCUUUAGACUAAACCUACACAGAUUUUGAGAGACAGUAAUUUGAUUCUAAAUUCCUUAAUUUAUUAACAGAAGGCAUAUGUGUUAAUACUAAUGCUCAUAUUUCAUAUGAAAAAUAUGGUAUAGUUUAGAAUGGAAAUAAGACUGAAUGUGCUCUCCUUGAGCUAGCUAUGGAUUUGAAUGUCUCUUAUACUGAUUUCAGACCUUCAGAUAACAUCAUUAAAAUUAUUCCAUUUUCAUCAAGUAGGAAAAGAAUGAGUACAGUCUAUAUCCCAAAAGAUAAUAAUAACAUAGUACGUGUAUACUCGAAAGGUGCACCAGAAAUUAUGUUUUAAUACUGUAAUAGAUACAUGACUAAAAAUGGGUAAGUUGAACAGAUUGAUUAAACCUUCUUAAAAAAGUUGUCAGAAGUAUAAAACCAAUUUGCAAACGAUUGCUUGAGAACACUACUUCUUACUUAUAAUGAAUUACCUUCUUUAAAUGCAAAUUAAUUAUCAAAAGAAGAGGAGUUAGAAAAGAAUUUGAUUGUUUUGGGUAUGAUUGGAAUUUAAGAUCCUCUAAGGAAAGGUAUUCGCUAAUCUGUAGCUGUUUGCACUGAGGCAGGAGUAACUGUGAGAAUGGUUACUGGAGAUAAUUUAAAUACAGCAGUCGCUAUUGCUAAGGAAGCUGGUAUAAUAAGCUAAGAUUAUGUUCCUAGAGCUAAUGACUAUACUGUUAUGGAAGGAAAGUAAUUUAGAGAAAAAGUAGGAGGAUUAUAGUAAAUUAAAGGAGAUUAAGGAUAAAUAGUGAGAUAUGAGGUAGGUAAUAUGCCAGCUUUCAAAGAAGUUAGCAAGUAAUUGAGAGUAUUAGCAAGAAGUGCUCCUGAAGAUAAAUUCUUGUUAGUUACAGGACUUUAAAAGUGUGAUUCUAUUGUUGCAGUUACUGGAGAUGGUACUAAUGAUGCUCCUGCUCUCAAAAAAGCAGAUAUUGGCUUUGCUAUGGGUAUUACAGGUACUGAGGUUGCAAAAGAAGCUGCUGGUAUUAUAUUGCUUGAUGAUAACUUCUCAAGUACUGUUACAGCAAUUAAAUGGGGUAGAAAUAUUUUUGACUGUAUCAGAAAAUUCUUAUGUUUCUAAUUAACUAUAAAUGUUGUUGCCUUGUUUAUGGCCUUUUUGGGAGGUGCUACUGUGAGAGAAUCUCCAUUGAAUACAAUUCAAAUUUUAUGGGUAAACUUAAUGUAAGAUACUAUGGCUGCCUUAGCACUUGCUACCGAACCUCCUUCUGAAGAAUUGCUUAAAAGAAAACCUGUUAAGCGUACUGAAGUUGUUAUUACUCCAUCAAUGUGGAAGUUCAUUUUACUUCAAAGUAUCUAUUAAAUAUUUGUCUUGAUAAUUGUUUUGUUCUAUGGAGAUUUGAUAUUUGGAGUUGAAUAUGGUAUUAACAAUAAGACCUGGACUGAAUAAAAUGGUAUUCAUCUUACUAUGUUCUUUAACAUAUUUGUUUUCUUGUCUGUUUUUAAUGAAGUUAAUUGUAGAAAACUCAAGGCAUCAGAAGUAAAUGUAUUUGAAAAUUUCUUCAAUAAUCCUCUUUUCAUUUUUAUUAUUGUUUCUACAAUUGGAAUCUAAAUGCUUAUGGUAGAAUAUGGCGGCAGAGCUGCUAAAUGUUCCCCUUUAACUUUGUAACAAAACCUCAUUUGUGUUGCCAUCGGAGCUUCUUCUGUAGCUGCAGGUAUUUUGAUUAAACUUUUACCUCCUUCUGUUGAUGAAUUCUUAAGCUGCACAAACCCAUUCAAAGAGAGAACUUAAGCUGUUGAAGAAGAAGAACCUCAAGGUGAUUAGAAAAAAACAUAAUGA